AUGCCCAGCAUGGUGAACUCUGUCUGCACUGUGACCGGCCCCACUAUCAUUGACGUCCACACCCAGAUUAACUCCAUCCAGGAUCGGUGUGCGUACUCUCUGUUCUCGACUCCGUCACUCCCAGACUUCCAUGUUCUGGGAAACUUUGAUGACCGGCAUCGUAAAGAUGUGAGUUUUUUGGACAGUGUGACGCUGCGUGUGGACGGGCAUGACAUUCACCUGGAACAAGGUGGGAGAGUUCAGCUGGACGACUCCACGCUGACCCUCAGCAGCUCACCUCAGCUGGUUCACGGUGUGCAGCUCUCUAAGGACCAAACUGGAGUCACUGCCAAGCUGUCGCUCUCCAACCUCACCAUCUCUGUCUUCUUUGAUGGCGACACCGCACAGAUCUACUUAGAAGGAUCUGCUGGUUCAUCUGUGGAGGGUCUGUGUGGAAACUCCAGCAGGUCUCUGAGUGACCUGAGGCUCUCUGAGUACAGCUCCACCAGCUGUGAGAUGCACUACAGUGAGCCUGCUGACAGCACGAUCAACUGCACCAGUGUGACUGAACGCUGUAAUCUCCUGAAGGAGGCGCCCUUCUCCUCCUGUAACAGUGACAUUGACCCAGAGCCCUACAUAACCGCCUGCACCGACACUUUGUGUAAAUAUCCUGCAGUGGACGGACUCAACUGUCAGUUCCUGAAGGCCUACGCCAGAGCCUGCAGUCUACACAACCACACUCUGGAUGGCUGGACAUCAAAGACCGGCUGCUCCUCUGAGGCCUUCUGUCAGGACAGGACCUGCAGCGAUCACGAGUUCUGUGGUGAGAAGACGGUCGGUGGUGACACUCGCUGCUUCUGUCGGGCCAUUUUUGCCUCCAAGUACCAAGAAAACAACUCUUUGGGUGAUCCAACGGUCUGCAUGCAGAACUCUGCUUCAGUCACUCUGGUCGGUUGUCUCCUGGAGGACAAAGGCAUCAACUACUCUGCCUUACACCUCAAGGACCCGACCUGCAGGGGUCAGGUGGACGAGCUCACCCACAUGGUGACCUUCAGCUUCAACAGCACCAACAGCUGUGGGACGGAGGUCACGACCAACAACAGCCAAGUGAUCUACAAAAACAUCAUCACGACCCAGAACAGCUCCUCUGACAUCAUCACUCGUCAUGACCAAGUCUACAUCGACUUCUCCUGCAUCCAAACUCAGCCGGACAUCAAGACUGCCACCUUCAGGAUCAGAGACAGCUCUGUGAUCCAGCACAUCACAUCUGGAGUUUGGGAUUACACUCUGACCAUGCAGAGCUUCACCGACGCCGGCCGCACACAAGCUGUGGAGUCCAACACUGAAGUGCAGCUGAACCAGAAGAUCUGGGUGGAGCUGAAGACUGACGGGCUGGAUGGAGACAUGGUUGUCAUGGUGACCGACUCCUGCUGGGCCACUGACCAGCCAUCACCCGACAGCACUCCGAGAUAUGACCUGAUCAUAAACGGCUGUGCCAACCCUGCUGACCAGACUGUGCAGGUGGAGGAAAACGGACUGGGAACCUCCAACUACUUCUCCUUCAACAUGUUCCAGUUUACUGGGAGCUCUGGUGACGUCUACCUGCACUGCAAACUCCACCUGUGUCCCAAACAGAACAACUGUGUCCCGACUUGUCCUGCAGGUGCUCGCAGACGCAGAUAUGCCAGGUCCAAAUAUGAAGGUGAAGCCUUCAUCAGCAUGGCCUGGACUCAUUAGGUGGUUUCCAUGGUGACUCGGACUGACUGACAGGCUGCCGACCUCCAUGAUGAUCCCUGACUUUUGAUGAUGAUCC